CUGAGGCAGUAGGAGAGGCGAGAGCCCGGCAGCCGCUUCGCGCUGUUUGCUGCGCGGGCUUCUGGAGGGGGCGGCCGCUGAGUCGGUCCGGGAGAAGCGGCACCGGCGGCGUCGGUGCUGGCGCCUGGGGGCGGGGGACCGGGGAGGCGAGAAGGGGGGUCGCUGCGGUGCUUCUCCGGCUGUCGCGCUCUCCUCGCCGUUCUCUCCCGGCUCGGUGGGCUCCCCCCGGCGUCCCCCUCGCCUCCGGGGCCCCGCUCCCCGCCCCCCGCGGUAUGUCUUGAUCCCGAGCAGCGGGUUUCAUGGGGCUCCUUAGGAUUAUGAUGCCGCCCAAGUUGCAGCUGCUGGCGGUGGUGGCCUUCGCAGUGGCGAUGCUCUUCUUGGAGAACCAAAUCCAGAACCUGGAGGAGUCCCGAUCGAAGCUGGAAAGGGCGAUUGCAAGACAUGAAGUUCGAGAAAUUGAGCAGCGACAUACGAUGGAUGGCCCUCGGCAAGAGGCAGCACUGGAUGAGGAAGAGGACAUGGUGAUCAUUUAUAACAGAGUCCCCAAAACUGCAAGCACCUCUUUUACCAAUAUUGCCUAUGACCUGUGUGCAAAGAAUAAAUACCAUGUUCUUCACAUCAACACUACCAAAAAUAAUCCAGUGAUGUCACUGCAAGACCAGGUACGCUUUGUAAAGAAUAUAACUUCCUGGAAAGAGAUGAAACCAGGGUUUUAUCAUGGACAUGUUUCUUAUUUGGAUUUUGCAAAAUUUGGUGUGAAGAAGAAGCCAAUUUACAUUAAUGUCAUAAGGGAUCCUAUUGAGAGGCUAGUUUCUUACUAUUACUUUCUGAGAUUUGGAGAUGAUUAUAGACCAGGAUUAAGAAGACGAAAACAAGGAGACAAAAAGACCUUUGAUGAGUGUGUAGCUGAAGGUGGCUCAGACUGUGCUCCGGAGAAGCUCUGGCUUCAAAUCCCAUUCUUCUGUGGCCACAGCUCGGAAUGCUGGAAUGUGGGAAGCAGGUGGGCUAUGGAUCAAGCCAAGUAUAACCUAAUUAAUGAAUACUUUCUGGUGGGAGUUACUGAAGAACUUGAAGAUUUUAUCAUGUUGCUGGAGGCAGCUUUGCCCCGGUUCUUCAGGGGCGCUACAGAACUCUACCGUACAGUAGGAAAGAAAUCUCAUCUUAGGAAAACCACAGAGAAGAAACUCCCAACUAAACAAACCAUUGCAAAACUACAGCAAUCUGACAUUUGGAAAAUGGAGAAUGAGUUCUAUGAAUUUGCGCUAGAGCAGUUCCAGUUCAUCAGAGCCCACGCUGUACGGGAAAAAGACGGAGACCUCUACAUCCUCGCACAAAACUUUUUCUAUGAAAAGAUUUACCCGAAAUCGAACUGAGUGCCAGGUGUGACUGUUAGGUUCUUGAACUAAAACCUUGACCCUGUCUUCACCUUAGUACUCAGCUCCACAAAUCGGGUUGGGGAUCGGUGUGUAAGACCAUGUGUAUUGAGCCACGUUAGGGGGCAGUAACACGGAGGAAGUGGAUACUGGCUGGUAAGUUUCAGUGGCCUAAGAGGUUUAAGUUUCUGCCUUUUUUUUUCUUUUUUUCUUUCUUUCUUUUUUCCUUUUUCUCCCUCCACCCCCCAGUUAAAUUUUGGUGGGAGUUAUAAUUUCCUGCCUGGAAAAAGCCUACACAUCACCAAAAAUAAACACAUAGCAGGUCUCAUUGUAGGCUAAAUACAAUUUCAAAAAAAGUUCUGGUAUUCUCUUUUUGAUAAAGCUUUUUGUUUUUUUCACCUAACCAUGAAUGAAAAUGAAUCCAUUUGCUCCUUCCACCUUCACCUGGAGGUUUGGGUUAUACACCUCUACUGAAUAGUGUUACUAACUGUUUGGCAGUGUGUGCUUUGUUUCUGUGAAUCAUGUCUCAUGAAAUUUAUUGGAAUGUUUGAUACUGUUUGCUAAGAAUGUUUCUGCUAUAGUUGGAAUUGCCCACAUUUAUGUAGGUUGUUUGAAUAUUCUUAAAAAAAAAAAAAAAACCAAACCUGAUCAUUAGUGUUAAAAACCAAUUUUAAAAGAGAGCAGUAUUUCUCAUUCCUGUCUCCCCUGUCUCUAAGACUGGGAAGACACUUCAAAGAAUGUUGACACUUUCUGGAAUUUUAGUUAAGGGUUCCAUACAUUAAUAUCAAAAAAGUAAGUUUAGUAUUCGUUCCUCCAUGGGUUAUUUGUAGAGCGGUAAACUGACAUAUUGGUGACUCCAUAUUAUGACUCAUUAGUGAGCUGUGGUAUGGGUAGGAUUUCCCUACUUCUGUACUUUUACUUGUAGACUAUUUUUACUAAGGUGCUUUAUAAUGUGUUUUAAAGCAUUGCAUUUACAAAAAAAAAAAACAAAGGAAAAUGCUGUAAAUAUUGCAUAUUUUAUGUAUUUGGACCAAAAGGUUAUAAGUAAUUAGGUAAAAGUGGUUUUGCACCAGUUUUAUUAUUUCAAGUAAAAUCAUCAGACCUACUGUUCUUGUAGUUCUCGUUUAACUUUACUGUUAAGACAUCACUGAAAUGAACUUCAGUAACCUUUCAAUUUUGAUACACAGUACAUUAUUCAUAAUUGGGGGCAGUAGUCAGAGUGGAAAGAGUACUGGCCAAGGAGUCAGAAAAUUUGAUUUCUGGUCCCGGCUCUGCCACUUUCCUAGCUGUGUGAUCUUGGGCAAGUCACUUAACCUCUCUUUGCCUCAAUUUCCUCAUCUUGAAAUGAGGAGACUAAUACCUGCUGUACCUACCUCACAGGGGUGUUGUGAGGAAUAAACAAGACGGCACGUGAAGGCACUUUGAAAACUGUUAACACGCUCUAGAAAAGUAAGGGAUGAUGGAAACAUCUUUCACGUAUGGUUCCAUAACGUUCAUUUUUUUUUUUUUUUUUGGGACAAAGAAAGGGAAAAGUCCACUUCUAAGCUGGUUGGAAAAGUGGUUAAUCUUGAUAUAAAUUUAUGUUUGAUAAAUAUCUUCCGUGUUGUAUCUUCCCUGUUUCAACAACUUUGGAAAUAAGAAACACCUGUGAACUCUUAGAUUCAUGAACAGCUGCUUGAGUUCAGGAGGUUUGAGUUCUUGAAAAAGAUUUCGUUAGCUGACUCAGGGCAGGGGAAAAUGUACUCUUCAAAUUUGGGAGAUUUGUCUGUUUUUAUUUUACAUUGCCAUUGAGAAAUGGUAGCUAUUUUAUACCUCUGGGUUGUCAAGGUAUAUAUCGCAGAGUUUAAUUUCCCUGUACCGUCUUACCCUUCAUAGAGUAACAGAGGUGAAGAAUUUCAGAAACAUUUCCUAAAAAAUUUAAUCUUUACUGUGUUUAGUUUAAAUAAAUACUGUUUCUGAACAAGGCCUCACCAAACUAGGCAAGUAAACAUUUUAGGCAAGCUGCUGUAAAGGUUAUUCAUGGAAGGGGGGUGGAGGGAGCACUACUUAUCAAUCCAUAAACAAAUAUAAAGAAAAGCUAAAAAGGAAGUUUCCAGAAUCAUUUAGCACCCUUUUCUCCCAGCAAUUAGACAACAUUAAGAGAACGUUGACAGGCAUAUAGUUUCCUUAUCUGGCUUUCUGCUUUUUUUGUGUAUUUAUUAACUUUUACGGAUAUUUAUGGGAAAUUUAUACAAAUUAUUCCCUUGCCCAAAAGGAAAGCACCACUUCACAGGUGGGUGUUUGACAUUUAAUCUGCUAAGGAACUCCCCAAUAUGCAGGUUAUUCUUGGAGCACAUGCUAAAAUCUUAAGGUGCAUUAACUCUUAGGAAACUAGAGUGGCAUGCAGUACCCUACGUCAUGAGUGCAGUAGACUUUUCCUGUAAAGGUCCAGAGGGUAACUGUUCUAGGCUUUGCAGUCUAUACAGUCUCUGUCAAAACUACUCAACUCUGUCAUUUUAACACAAAAGCAGCUACAGACAACACAUAAAUGAGUGAGCUUGGUUGUGUUCCAGUAAUACUUUAUUUCAAAGACAGGUGACAGGCCAGAUAGGGACCACAGGUUGUAGUUUACCAACCCCCGUAUUAGAUCAUUAUUUAUGGAGAAAUCAUUUUUUAAAUCUGUAUUCUAGUGACCGAAAAGAGUUUAUAUACUUCCAAAAGCUCCUAACUUAUAUCCAAAGAAUAGCUUUCUUAUUCAGGAGGUCUCUACCCCAGAUUCAUAAACUUUUAUGACUUUAGAUUGCUUCCAGGUGGGCAUGUUUUCUUUCCCAGUUUAACAGUUCAGAAUAGAGGCAUUUAUUCUAUCAUCUAGUAGGAUUGGUUAAGGAGUAUCCUUCCUUGAGACGGAGAAAGGGUUAGGUUUAAUUCCAUCUGGUCCAGUACAGUCCUAAGAGUCUGACGAGUGCAGAGUCCUCGUAAUACCUAACUUUAUAAUAAUAAUAAUUAAAAAAAAUAGGACCACUGAGACAAUAAUGUAUUUUUUAAAAGUGGCAAAUGUGGUUUUCUUUUUUCAGCCUUUGCGCUUUUUCAGUAUUUUGAUCAUAGGGAAAUUCUUUUUUUUUUUUUAUAAUACAAAAGCAAAUUAACCACUCUGAAUUUUAAAAGAUGAUGUUAUGUGUGUAUGUGUGUGUGUGUGUAUAUAAAUAUAUACAUAUGUUUAUUUCCUAAAAGAGGAAAAAGUACUUUUUUUGUUCAACUUGUAUCAACUCCUGUUUUCUAAUUGCUGUGAAAUGGCAACUGUUGAUAAAUUAUUGUGACUGUUUUAAAAUGUGAUGGGGAGGAUAUAUUUUGAUUUUACGGAGCUUUAAUCUGUAAAGUAUCACUUAAAUAUAUCUGAUAGCAACACUUAAAAUAUUGCAUGGGGAUUACUUUUCUAUCAUCCAUACCCAUUUGUGCAACUUUGAACAUAUUGGGUGCUUUUGAAUUCUCAAUGAUUGGGUUUAAAUUGAAAAUCAGAGAACUUAAACUUACUUUUAAACUUUAAAUUUUAUUUUCUAUUCUUAAAAUUCAGUUAAUGCCUAUAAUUUGAAAUCUCUUGUUGUUCUUUCUCAAUAUAUGUCCUGUUGGAGAUUCCUAAAAUUGUUAGUGCCAUCAGUGAUUUACAAACAGUAUUUUGAUAUUGCAGAUGAUUUGCUCAUUGUAUUUGCAUAGUUAGAAAGAAAAUAGUUUGUAGACGAUGAUUCUCUUUUUCUAAUAAAAUGAAAUAAAAAUUCUUAAAAGCGCUAGAGAA